AUGGUACUCAACUUAAAAAUCAACGCCAAAAAAUUUCAAGAUAAGAUAAGCACCAGGUGUAAGCGUUCCGCUUUUAACUUAUUAAACCAUCUUUUGAAUUCUCGACAAUAUAUCUUCUGGAAUUUUGCAUCGCUCUGA